AUGGCGACACCAGUUUCAAAGGCCACUACACCUGCAUCAGUAGCCGACCAGCAAAGGGUGUCGGAUACUGGCACUGCCGUCGGUGUAGUGGAUUUGCCAAGUGCUCCCGUUGCCGAGGGAGUCACCACUCGUGCUUCAUCUGCCGCCCGCCAAGAAGUGAUGUUCCAGGCUAUGCAAAAACGCAUCGCCGCGCUUGAACGUAGCCUGAAAGUUGCCCAAGACAAAAUAAGGGAACACGAGUUAACCAACGAAGCCCAGCGCGCUGAUGCGCAAAGCAUAGCCAGUGCACCCAGCGACAGUUCCGCCAACGAAUCUGCCUUGCCGUCAUCAAGCCUGCCGAUGACACAGAUCCAGUUGCUUCAGCCGCAAUCGCCGUUAAUAACAUGUGCUGCUACCUGUGUGCAUACGGUGCAGCCGCCGCCGCCUCAGAACGCUACACGUUAUCAGAUGUACACCGCUACUCGUUCCUCACCGCUUAUUUACACAUCCUCAACAAAUGGGACGUACAGCAGCUCGACUUUGCCUCCGGGCGACACAUUUGUUAGCAGUCUUCCGUCAACGGUGCCAAUUUCCGCUAAUGUGGGCUCCUUACCCUUGCAGUUUUCAACCCAGCCAAGGAAAUUGCAAGAUUUGCCGGAGUUUAGCGGGAAACCAGAGGACUGGCCGAUAUUUUUUACUGCCUACACCGAGUCAACCACUGUCUAUGGGUACAGUCGCUUUGAGAACAACUUACGCCUGCAGAAGUGCUUAAAGGGUGAAGCCCGAGAAGCUGUUAAAUCGCUACUAAUCCAUCCAAACAACGUGGCCAAUAUCAUAGAGCAACUUAAGUUCCGAUUCGGUCGCCCAGAGCAAUUAAUUCGAAGCCAGCUAGCCCAUGUUCGAGAAAUUGCCCCGAUAUCGGAAAGCUCAGUGGUAAAGUUGAUACCAUUUGCGACGAAGAUUAGCAACGCCUGUGCAUUUUUACGUUCUGCAUGUGGCGGAGAGCAGUAUUUAGUGAAUCCAACACUCCUCGAUGAGCUCGUCGGAAAGUUACCCAUGAGCAAGCGUAUCGAAUGGGCAGUCUUUGCGUCAUCUUUACAGCCUUACGCAACUGUUCAGCAUUUUAGCGAUUGGCUCACUCAACUUGCCAACGUCAUCUGCACGGUUUACGAUGGAGAAGCAGCGAAAGAUUCGAAGCGUCGGGUUGUGUUGCACGCUGCCGAAUCUCAACGUCAUUCAGCCUGCCCUAUUUGCCAGGGCCAACAUAAGCCAGCCGAUUGUACGCAGUUUAGUCAACUUACAGUGCCGGAAAGGUGGGAGGAAGUGAAGCGACGUCACCUUUGUUUUUCUUGUCUCAACGUUGGACAUGGGUCGCGCAAUUGCCAACGGCGCAAACUAUGUUCAACUGACGGGUGCAAACGGUGGCAUCAUAAAUUGUUGCACGAUAUUGGGAAAAUAAUCGAUGGGUCAUCAAACCAGUCACCGCGGCCUCGAGAUCGCCAACGACGUACUUCCAUUGCCGAUACACAUACAGGUAUUAGUACGAGGACGCAGCCAGCGUCUCGUAUUGAACAGCAAGGUGAUGCGGGUGCAGCGGUCCUUAGUUGCAGUACAGAUAACAAUAGUAAGUUAUUAUUUCGGAUUCUGCCGGUCGUGCUGUAUGGGAACCAAAAGCGCGUUGAGACGUACGCACUUUUAGAUGAAGGUUCGUCAAUAACAAUGAUUGAUAGCACACUAAUUGAAGAGCUCGGCUUACGUGGCCGGACUGAACGCUUGAACCUACAGUGGUUCGGAGGACGUGCCGCUCAGGAGUCGGCCAUGGUGGUAGAUCUACUCGUGAGUGGUGCCGGUAUGCAAAAGAGACAUAAGUUACGAAGGGUUUAUGGUGUUUCAAACUUGCAGCUGCCUUCUCAGAGUCUGAAUAAAUCCGAUUUGCGUUGCCAUGAAAGCCAAUUGAAUAAGCUGGCAGUUGAACCAUACGCACAAGUCAAGCCAAAGCUGCUAAUCGGACUCGACCACUGCCACCUCGGUUUGCCGUCAACUACAAUGCAGCUAAACAAGUGUGGGCCAUUCGCUGCGAAUACUGAGCUAGGAUGGGUUGUAUUUGGGCCAACAAUGAACUCCGAUCCAUCAUUGCCAUCAUGCUUAUUCGUUAACUGCCACACUGAUCAAUCUCUACAUAAUAUGGUUGCUGAAUACUUCGAGACGGAAAGCUUUGGUGUUCGAGCUGCACCUAUCAUGGAGAGUGAAGCUGACGUCCGUGCUCGGGAAAUCUUGAAGUCUACUACAUGCCGUGUUGAAGGAAGGUACCAGACUGGUCUGCUCUGGAAACGUUCCGACAUACAGCUACCUGCCAGCUAUUCUAUGGCUUUGAAAAGAUUAGCGGGUGUUGAAGCAAAAAUGAGGCGCGAUACAGACUUUGCCGCUGAAUAUAACCGCAUCAUAAGUUCUUACGUCAUGAAGGACUACGCACGAAAGCUGUCGCCAGAAGAAGCCGCUUUAACUUGCAAUAGAACAUGGUACCUGCCUCAUUUUGCCGUGAAGAAUCCAAAUAAGCCAGGCAAGUUACGCAUGGUGUUCGACGCAGCUGCUGAGGUGGACGGUGUGUCCCUUAAUUCACAGCUUAUGAAGGGUCCGCAAGAGUAUCGGUCUUUGCCUGCUAUACUAUUCCACUUUCGGGAAGGAGCAACGGGCGUGUGUGGGGACAUCAAAGAGAUGUUUCACCAGGUGCUGGUUCAACGUGACGACAGAUGUGCGCAACGAUUUCUUUGGCACCAAGGUGAUACUACCAGACAGCCCGAGGUAUAUGAGAUCCGCGUAAUGACCUUUGGAGCAGCAUGUUCGCCUUGCGCCGCCAAUUAUGUGAAGACGAUCAAUGCGUUGGAGUAUGGCAACAAAGUCAAGGGUGCUACCCGAGCCGUGAAAUCGAUACUGGACUACCAUUAUGUCGAUGACUAUGUCGAUAGCUUUGACACAGAGGAAGAAGCAGCUGACAUAACGAAACAAAGUGACAGAAGCACUUAG